AUGAAACCUCUCGCUGGUAAGCUGGAGGUUCCUGGCUACUUGGCAGCCCUGGGCAGUAAACCUUCCGAGCCACGGUCAGACGUGCUCGCCGGCCAUGGAGCCACCUCUGACCAUUCCCUCGAAAAGGAUGUCCGCAACAACACCGCCUCGUCGCUCGCUGAUACAUCCGACGAUGAGUCCGUCGAGAAGAUCGAUACCAAUGCCGAACAUGGUGUACAGGCGGUGCAGGCCAUGACCUAUGCAUGGUCGAAAAAGGAAAUCAUUUUCCUGUAUAUUUUCAUCUGGCUCAUUUCCUUUCUCCUCGCAUUCUCAAACGGCAUCAUCAACACUUUGACUCCCUACGUGACGAGCUCCUUUCAAGAGCACUCGCUGACCGCCCUGACGAGCGUCAUCUCAUCCCUGGUGGCCGGUAUCUGGAAGCUCCCAUAUGCCAAAAUCAUGAACGUGUGGGGCAGACCACAUGCAUUUGCUAUAAGCGUGGCCUUCAUGACCAUGGGCUUGAUUAUGAUGGCCGGCUGCAAAAAUGUCCAGACCUACUGUGCGGCUCAGGUCUUUUACUGGAUGGGCUACAAUGGCAUCGACUUUAGCAUUACCGUGUGCAUUGCCGAUACUUCUAAACUGAAGAAUCGAGGCUUCAUGAUCGGCUAUUCGUCUUCGCCAUUCCUCAUCACCACUUGGGUCUACGGAUAUGCGGCCGACAGCGUGAUCAACGGCAUGGGUUAUCACUGGGGCUUCGGUAUCUUCUGCAUCAUCGUCCCCAUCGUCAUGGCUCCCUUCGGAAUCAUGCACUGGAUGGCGCAGGAAAAGGCGCGCAAGGCUGGCCUCAUCCCUCCACGGGCCACCGCGAACAUGACUCUGGCUCAGAAGACCCGCCACUACCUCAAGGAGUUCGAUGUCAUCGGUCUCCUCAUCCUCGCCACCGGUCUGGCGCUCUUCCUCUUGGCCUUCAACAUCUAUUCCUACCAACCGGAUACGUGGCGAUCUCCCAUCAUCAUCUGCUUCCUCAUCUUUGGCGGCUUGCUCGUCAUCGCCUUCGGCGUCUGGGAAGCCAAAUUCGCUCCCAUCACCUUUGUCCCGUGGGAGCUGCUAAAGAAUCGCACGGUCAUCUUCACCUACACCAUGGCGGCUUCCCUGUACACUGCUUGGUAUAUUUGGGACAACUACUUUUAUUCGCUCCUCGUCGUCCUCUUCAACCAGACCGUCGUUCAUGCAACCUACAUCAGCAACAUCUACACCAUGGGCAGCUGCUUCAUCUGUCUGGUCUACGGAGUUUGCCUGCGCUACAUGAGCGGCCGCCUGAAACUUUACUCUCUCUUCUGGGGUGUCCCACUCACCAUCCUCGGGGUCGGUUUGAUGAUCAAGUUCCGCCAACCCGACGUCGACAUCGGAUACAUCGUCAUGUGUCAGAUCUUCGUCGCCUUCGGUGGCGGUGUGUUGGUAACCUCGGAGCAGACGACGCUGAUGGCCGUGUCUAAGCAGCGCGACUUCCCCGCCCUCUUGGCCUGCGAGAGCAUGGUCAUCGCCAUUGGCUCCGCUAUCGGUUCGACCAUCGCAGGAGCCAUGUGGACCGGCAUCUUCCCGAAGAAACUGCUCAAGUAUCUCCCGGCCAGCGCGCAAGGAAAUUUCGCCAACAUCUACGGCGACUUGACCGUCCAAGCCAGCUAUCCUCUGGGCAGCCCGACCAGAGACGCCAUCAACAGGAGCUACGCGGAGACUCAGCGAUACAUGCUCAUCGCCGCCACCAGUCUCUACACCAUCACCCUUGUGAGCGUCGGGCUCUGGCAAGAUGUGGACGUCCGCACGAUGAAGCAACGGACGGCUGGUCUGUUGUAA